GGAAGUGGUGUGCGCGAGCAGAUUCGUGAAGACGCAGCGCACCUUCCAGCAUCGGAGCAGAGCGGAGGAGACGACAGGACAGGACAGGACAGGACAGACUGGAUCACUGCUGCACACCGAGGAAAAUGGAGGACAUCGUGACAUUAUUUUUCAUCUUAAGGGACUGAACUACAGCAGCAGCAUGGCUGAGGUCUCAGACUCCUACAUCCAGACAGCAGAUGCCAUGGUUUAUUGCAAACUAUGCUUGAAUGACUUUCCUGCACCAGAGACGAGCACGUUGCACUCCUGUGACUGUAUUUUUUGCACCCAGUGCUUACGUCAGUACGUGCAGUUGGCCAUUAGGGACGGCGCUGGCACCCCCAUCACCUGCCCUGACGUGGCAUGCAAGCGCCCUGGAGCUCUGCUGGAUUCGGAGAUUGCCUCUUUUGCCUCUGGUGAUCAACUCAAGUUCUACCAACGGCUUAAAUUUGAAAGAGGCAUUUCCAAGAUUCCUCAUGUGCCUGAUGCCAGUGCAAGAGAUGUGCUGUGUUUCAAAUAUUACAAUGCAUCAGAGAUUGUGCUGGGCAGGACGAUGGAGGAUUGGCUCCGAUUCUCUGUUUGUUACUGGCACUCUUUCUGUGGAACGGGUGCUGACCCGUUUGGCUCUCCCACCCUGCACAGGCCUUGGAAUGAAGGAGACAACAGCAUGGAGAUAGCGAAGAAAAGACUCAGUGCUGCGUUUGAGUUCUUCACCAAACUUGGUGUAAAGUACUACACUUUUCAUGACAGGGACAUGGCCCCUGAGGGACAAACUCUGGAGGAGUCCAAUAGGAACCUGGAUGAGAUAACAGACCUGGCGCUGGAGCUGCAGAAGCAGACUGGCGUUAAAGUGCUGUGGAUCACCUGCAACCUCUUUGCUCAUCCCAGAUAUAUGAACGGAGCUGCGAGUAACCCAGACUGCCAGGUUUUUGCCUUUGCUGGGGCUCAGGUGAAAAAAGGUCUGGAGAUUGCCAAGAAACUGCAGGCUGAGAACUUUGUGUUUUGGGGAGGUCGUGAAGGUUUCCUCUCCACACUUAACACAGAUGUGGCGGCUGAACUCAAGCACAUGGCCAACUUUUUCAAAAUGGCCGUGGCUUAUAAAGAGAAGAUCGGAUUAAAAUGCCAGUUUCUCAUUGAGCCCAAGCCAAAGGAACCCUGCAAGCACCAGUACGAUUAUGAUGCAAUGAGUGUUAUUGGAUUUCUUAAGCACUUUGGACUGGACAAAGACUUUAAACUGAAUAUCGAACCCAAUCACACAACCCUGGCUGGACAUUCUUAUGAACAUGACAUCAUCAUGGCCUCUGUGUUUGGCAUGCUGGGGUCUGUGGAUGCCAACACAGGUUCGCCUGACCUGGGCUGGGACACAGAUCAGUUCCCCAUGGACAUCCGAAAUACGACCUUGGUGAUGAAGGCUGUUAUUGAGCAGGGCGGCCUGCAGCCUGGAGGUUUAAAUUUCGAUGCCAAAGUCCGAAGGGAAUCGACUGAUCUGGAGGAUUUGUUCAUCGCUCACAUUGGUGCCAUGGAUGCUUUUGCUCGAGGUCUCAGAAACGCAGCCAAGAUGAUUGAGGAAGGAGUUAUGCAAAAUAUGCUACGGGAACGCUACAUGAGCUUCAGCCUUGGAAUCGGACUGAAGGUGGAAGAGGGCAGUUGCUCACUGGAGGAACUUGAGGAGUAUGUCAAGCAGACCGGAGAGCCUAAAACGACAUCAGGGAAACAAGAGCAAUACGAAGCCGUCUUUAAUCAUUACUUGUGAGAAUGGAGUAUUUAUAAGUAAUGUGCGAAUAAAUGUGAGUUUUUGAGAACCGAACAAGUUUCUAGCUAAUAUGAUGACUGAAAAUAAAAGGUCUGUCAAAAUGUAUCUGCGUUUAAUUCAAUUCUAGUUUACUUGUUUAAUGAUUUAACAAUUUUACGUAAUACAUGUGUAAAAUUUAUAACAUUUAUUUGUGUAUUCAUUUAGUUACUUGUUUUACAUGACUUGAACAGUAAUCCUAUUUCAUUCAGAAUGCAUGAUAUACUGUAAUUCACAUCUCUCAUACAGUUUAGUAAACACAAUGAAGAGGGACGAGAUGGUAAAUUCAAAUAUCCAUAAUGCUGUCUUUCAUUUUUGUCAAAAACAGAUAUCUUAAAUUGAAAUAAUAAAUAAUGCUUUCAUGUGAUUGAAUAUUGUCAAAUAAUAAUAACUUUAUUAUUACAACCUCCUGGGAAUACUGUCAGGAAAUAUAGAUUUUCUAAACUCUCUUAUUGCUGUAAGAAAUACAAAAUUUGAAUAUUAAUUUGUGCGACAUAUUAAUAUGUGGUAAUUUGUAUUAUUUCUGCUGUUCUUACACUAUUAAAGUAUACAGUGCUGU